CAGGAACGUGGUUGGGAACCACUGGGCUAGACAAUGGCACCCUGACUGCCAUUAGGUAUCGGGAUGAAAUCCUUGGAUGCAUUGUCAGACCCUACGCUGGUGCAGUGGGUCCUGGGAUCCUCCUGGUGCACGACAAUGCCCGGCCUCAUGUGGCGAGAGUAUGCAGGCAGGAAUUGAUACCAUCAAUGGCCUCCACGCUCGCCUGACCUAAAUCCAAUGGAACAACUCUGGGACAUUAUGUUUCGGUCCAUCUGAUGCUGCCAGGUUGCACCUCAGACUGUCCAGGAGCUCAGUGAUGCCCUGGUCCAGAUCUGGGAGGAAAUACCCCAGGACACUAUCCGUUGUCUCAUUAGGAGCUGCCCUGACGUUGUCAGGCAUGCAUACAAGCACGUGAGGGCCAUACAAACUACUGAGUAGUUGCUGCAAUGAAAUUUCAGCAAAAUGGACUAGCCUGCUGCACCAUUUUUUCACUUCGAUUUUCAGGUGUCUUUGAAUUCAGUCCUCUGUAGUUUGAUCAUUUUCAGUUCCAUCAAAUGAUGUGGCAUCUUUUCGUUCCUAACACAUUACCCAGUCCAUAUCAGUAUAGAUAUCCAGAUAUUUUUCCCCAUUGAGAUCUGAUGUGUUUUCAAAGUGUUCCUUUAAUUUUUUUUUAAGUACAGUCAACUUGGUUGUAGUCUACUUAAGUUAUAUUAAAAUGUUUUUUUAAAAUAUUAUAAAAAAAAAAAAAAAGUUGAAAUUACUUAAAUUAUUUUGAUGAUUUAAUGGAAAAACAUAAGUUGCCAUGACUUAACCGAUCAUAUUUUUUACAGUGUUGUUUUAAAAUGUAAAGUAUGCAUCAAGAUGGCUCAAUCCAUUAGGGUGAAUUCAGGGUGAGUGGGACACUUUUUUGCCAUUUAGAUGACUUGGAAAAAGUGUCAACCUGAAUUCACCCCCCUAUAUAAAAUACUUUAUAGAAAGACCAUGGCCUGGUUUCACAGACAGUGCUUAAAUUAAACCAGGAUUAGGCCUUAGUUCAAUUAAGACAUUUAAGUAGCUUUUAUAAAUCUUCCUUAGAAAAAAACAUUACUGGUGUGCAUCUUGAGACAAAACAAUGGCACUGACAUAUUUUAAGAUAUGUCAGUGCAAAUUGCUUUCAGUUAAAACAGCUCAAACAUACAUUUUAGUCUGGAAAUAAGGCUUAAGCCUUUUCUAUGAAACUGAGAGAAUAUGUUCACUGUUUGCAUAGUUCAUUAUGCAACAAAAUUUAUAGAGUGGUAAGAAAUUUCAACUCACUGAUCUAUGUGUAUAAUACGUGUUUGUACAAAGCCAUAUUUCUGAAUUUAACCAUAGUAAAAUCACCACCUGCAGUGCAAAAAAUGAAAUGUUAAAUGGACAAACUGGAGGUAGUUUGGCUGACAAAGUUUUUAUUGACUAUAAUUUUCAUAAAUGUAAUUUACAUUUGUCAUACACAAAUGCACUGCAAAAAAUGGCUGUUGUACAAUAACAAAUAAAACAUUUAGAACAAGUAAAACAAGAGGGGGAAAAAAAGAUAAUUCCAAACACUUUAAACACAAGAGUUUUGACUGUCAUGUAAAUUUAUCUUGUUUUAAGGAUGUUUAGAUAUUUUUGUAGGAAAUGAAGGCAAAUAAAGUUCAAGGAACUAAUGGUAUGAUUACACAACAACGAUGUACUAAAAACAUUUUUUCCUUUGCGGUUUUCGCGUAUAGAUAACAACGUUGUCAAAACAAUCCUCAUUCACACGGAUCCGCAAAAACGACAAAAACGCUGCCAGGCCAGUAGUUGGCGAUGUCAUCUUGUAAAGAAACACUACACGCCUAUUUCAUUUAAAUGAAUAAUGCAAGGUGAUUUACAAUUUACUAGUAUUUGCGCCAUUAUUUACCGCCCAAAAAAAGCAUGUCAUAAACCAGACGAUAAUUUGCACUGCUCUUGGUAGAUUAUGUUGGUCAUUAUGGAAAUGAUCUGGCUGUAUCUGUGUUCACGAGUUCACACUUACAAAUAAUUAGUUAGGGUAAAAGAGUAUGUGUAUUUGGCGUGCUGUCCAGGGGAGGGCUCCAAUCUACACCUGCAGGCUAACGGGGUGUAUGUGAUUCCAACUGCCCAACCGAGAGGGCCCUUAUGGCAUCCGAUGAGAGCCUGCAGCUCACAGCAUCGGACGGGCAAUCCCUGCUGGUCAGUUAGAUGGAGGCGCGAAAUUAACUUAUGAGGGAUUCUUGGGCUUUCCUAAUAUGAAAGAGGUUGGACCUCUUUCAUAUUAGGAGGUUUUAAAAGUUUCUGAUGACCAUCGACCGAGCGCUGGAAUUGCUUGAGUCAGCCCCUGGGCCGAAGGAAGGAAAUUAGGGAGGGAAAUAAGGUGUCUGUGCUUGUGACGCUAGCGGAGGCAUCCACACGCUAGCGUCUGCGGCUGAAGCUGACGGCCAUGAAUUAGAGAGAGGGUUAGGAGGAAAUGGUAGAGAUGGCUGAGGCAUCCUCAUGCUAGGUCCUGCUGUUGGAGCUGGAGGCCACGAAAAGUGGAGAGGGUUGAAGACGUCAGAGGGGAAAGGCAAAGACGGCUGGGCCUGCACUGCUAGCAGAGGCAUCCUCACGCUAGGACCUGUUGUUUGAGUUUGGAGGAAAAAUGAAAGAUUGGGAGAUUGAUGGAAGGCAAGCAUCAUAGGAGGUGGGCAUUGCACUCUGAGGCACCGCGGUGGGGAGAGGUGCGGUAUAGAGCUGAGCAGACGUGGAAGGAGAGCGAUGAUUUUCGGCUGCGGAAUCAAGCUUGCUGAAGGCCUAACGCUGCGGCCCGAUGAACGAAGAGUACCCGGGAUUGCACCUGAGUGAGCCGGUGUCACUGUGUGACAUGAGGUCGGUGCCCUAGGGACUUUGCUUGUGCGUUUUGUUACCUUGGGGGCUGGAGUGGAUCUAGGAGAGGGAACGACUGAUUGUAAGAUGACGUACAGAUCUUACAGUUGCGCUUUGUUCAUACAUCUAGAAAACGGCACGUCUAUGUUAAGUAGUGCUUGCCUUAAUCCAAGAACUGUCCAUUUUUCAAUUGUAGGGAUUGUUGGAUGGGCCAGAGUGUAUGAAGAUGCCGAGGAGGAUUUCUUGCUGGCAAAGGCGAGGGUAAGCCUCGGCGUCUUGGUGGAACAUAGGUGAGUCGGCAUAGGCCUCCUCUUAUGCUGAUUGGGUAGAUCAUUUGAACGUGCUCCUCCCGAACUUUGUUAAUAAAACAUAAUUUCUUUAAUUUGCACAUUGUCAGCAGAACAUGUGCAGAACUUUCCACUCCCAUUGAUGCAUUUAUGGGAUUGCGGUCUAAUUUGACCUGUUUAGUGAAUCUGGCCCCAAGUGAUCCAGGACCAUCACUGGUACCUCUUCAAAAUGCAUGAUGCCUUUGUGUACAGGUAUGGAGAGAAGGUAUGGGAAUGUUCAGUUAGUAUAAAUAAAUAUGAAUUGUUUAGAUAUUGCACAUAUAUAUUGUACAAUGAUGACAUAUUGCACUAUGAGGAGAUCUGUAAUCGGUUCAUGAGAGACAAAACUCAGGAUGCUUUGGCUCCUCUUUUACUUUUUAUGAAACAUUGUCUUGACAAUGUGUAUCAAUUUAAUUCAAGACUAAUGAGGUUUUAGAUCAAAUCUAAACAUGAUUGAUAAGUAUUAGGUUUGGUCACAGUCCCUCUGAAAUCUCUAAACUGAAUAUAAGAGCACAGGUGGGCAUUCAGUUGUGCAAGUAGCAUUUGAAUAUGCCGGUUCAGGCAUAAAACUGUAUCAGAUCUCAUAGUUCCCUCAGAAACAUAUUUGGCCAGGUUGGCACAAACAUUGUCUGUGUGAGGAACGGCAGAUAUUUCAUCUCAACACCAGGUUAGUGGGCCACUUUUGAUGUGUUUAAACUUACCAUUUACUCCAUCAUCCAUGUGUAGGUGACAAGUAAUUAAUCCUCAUUACUGGGAUCCCUGUUUUUCAGUCAUAUUGUUUUUAUCUUUAAAAAAAAUUUGUUUAAUUUGAAUUUGGAAGUUGCUUUUUUUAGUAUCACUCCUCUCUACGUUUCUUUUUAGACACCAGCAAAAGCAGUUUGGGGGGAAAAAUGAACACCACUAUUUCUGUCAACCAAACUUUCUACAUCUACGAAUGUUUUGACUCCUACCUCGGGAUUGUCAUAGCGCUGAGCUCUUUAGUUCCAGACUUAAUGUUCUUUGUGCCUUUACACAUCUGGAUCCUUUCUAUGUGCUUAACAGAUUUGAUAAAAGGGAAGGGCAUUCCAGUUUCUGACAUCUUUACAGUUGUCUUGUCUCUAAUGGAAAUUAUUUCAUUCUUUGGGUUUUUCAUGUGUAUUAUUUCACUUGUUUUUGAAAUUUCUUGGACUACCUAUGCAGCUGUGUUCAUGCUUGGGAAAUACCUGAUUGGACGGCCCCUAAUGAACAGCUUGAUUUGUCUGGAGCGCCUCAUUGCUGUCGUCUAUCCUGUGGUGUUCCACAAGUUCAGCACUCUGAGGCUCCGAUACAUAUGUGUUGCUGUGGCCUGGCUGAUGACCUGGUCUUUUGGGGCACAUGCCAUUCUCACUUUUCCACGAAUCCCAGUGCAAGUCUACAGUAUCUUUCUCAUGGCCUGUCUCUUGUGCAUCACUGCAUGUAAUCUGGGAGUGCUGAAGGCUCUGUUGAAACCCAGUCCUGGUAAUAAAGAGACAGAAAGAAUGCACAAUAAGAAAAAGAGGGCCUUCUGGGUCAUGACAAGCAUUCUAGUCCAGUUGUUUGGGUCCUAUUUCUCAUUUUUGAUAGUUGCAGUGAUAAAGACAAACAUUCCAUAUGACACUUUUUGUUUGUUGGGAGGCAUUAGCAUGUGGUUUCUGAGACCAAGCAGCGUAAUACAACCUAUGUUGUAUUUGUCCAAGUACGACAAACUGCCAUGUAUUAAAAAAAAAUGAACAAUAUUUGUUUAAAGGGAGAUUCACGUAGACAAAAAAAAUUAAUGAGGCCUCACUUUUUAAAGUAAAAAGGAAAAUCCUUUUAAAAAAUAUUUUAUAAAUUUGUGUUUUAUAAAGAUGAGACCUGUUAACAUAUUUUAGAGUGUUUUUCCCCUUAUGAACUGGGGUCGUGAGUUUUAAAAACACUAUAUAUCACAGAUUUUGUUUCCUGUGUACCUCCUACUAUGUAUAAUAGUAUGUAUGAUAAUGGUUAUGGUUAUUCAUUCAUUAGGUCACACCUGUUUGUAUUCUGUUUGUUAUUUUGUGUAUAUAAGCUCUUCAGUUCCUUCUGGUGUUGCUUGUGUGUAUAGGCCUGCACACUGUUUCAUUGUGUUUUACCUGUUUGGAUUACCUGAGUUAACUUUGUUUAAAUAAACUGAACAAUUAAAUUGACCUUCUUCAUCAACCUUCUUCAUCUUCGGACCCAUAGCGUAACAACAUAUUGUUUCAAAGCAGCUUUACAGAAAAUGCUUGUUUCAAUGUUACCAUUAUAAAAUAUUUUGAUUGUUUAUCAGUCAGAGAUAAGUGUGUCAAAGUAAUGUCCACUAAUAUACAAGAUAAUACAAGUUAUGUUGUAUUCAGUUAAGCAUACACAAUGAACAUCAUUAUAAUAUAAGGAUAAUAUUUGACAGUUUUGUACGUCAAUCCAAAGGUGGUGCUUGAACAUUUAUUUUAAAACUUCUGAAUCUAAAGGUUUGUAGUUAUGAUGAUGGGGAUGAUACUUAAUAAAAGGUCUGGAUAUUUAUUUGUAUAUGAUUGAUAUGAACAUUGACAUUGUUUUGUAGAGCACAGAUGGCAGAGAGAAGAUCAUUUGAAUACGCCUUUAAUGUGAUCGCGUAUGUAAAUGUCACUAGGCUACUUCAUACAUCAACCUAUGUUAUGAAACACUAGAGCUACUGGAGGAUUUGCAAGCAACAGCUUACAUUUAAUUCAGUGUUGUGCUUCAUCUGAUGUAUAGUUAGCAAACUUUGAGAGUUUUGUAUUAAAGCAAACAGAAAUUGGGUUGAUUACAUUAUGAGCCCUACAAAUAAUAAACUUUUUCAAACAACUCAAAACUUAAAAAAAAAAAGCCUUAAAUUCUUUAUCAUAUAUAUAUAUAUAUACUCAGUACACUCAGUUUUGUUUUUGUUCUCACUGUGUUCUGUUCCUGUUUGUUUGUGUUCCUAUUUACCUGUGUUCCCUAGUUAGUUUCCUUGGUUGUUGAUUAAUUCCACGCACCUGUUUUGUUUUCCGCUGAUUACUCUCUGUCUGUAUUUAAGCUCUCAGUUCAUUCUGUUCAUUUGGUUGUGUUUUGUUAUCUUCUGUGAUAUCCUUUGUGGAUUUAAUAAAGAAUGUUUUUGUUUGAUUCCUCGUCUUCUUGCGUAUUACUACAAUCUCACCUGACAGAUAAGUUGUGCUUAAAUUUGGUUGAGCAAAGCAGAAUUUAGGCUAUAUUUUUAUAUAACUACUGCUAAACUACAUGUGUUGUUUUUGUUUUGCAGGCUAAUUGAUUUCUAAACUAAAGUCACACAAUUUCUUCUCUAAUUUCCUCACAGGUCUCUGGAUGAGAGGAGUGGCUAUCACAACAACAUAUAUUUACACAGACUAUAUCCUCACACAACACACUACAGGCUGCACAGCAUUUGUGAGCAGAUAACAAAGGAACAUCUAGAAAAAUGGCAGUGAACAACACUAUGGAUUAUUUAUCCAACUGCACUUUACAAUCUAAAAUGAACUUUUCUGGUGAUCCAUUUUAUGAGUGCAUGGACUCUUAUCCAGGAAAUAUUCUCACUGCCACCGGUUUACUGAUGAACACUGUCCUUUUGUUGCCUGUGAACUGCUGGAUUCUGUGGCUGGUGAGGAGAACUGCCGAUGUUGCAUCCUCAGACUUUGUCAUUUUAAAUCAGUCUGUUGCUGAGGUCAUUAAUGAUGUUUCCUUCGUUAUUUUUGUGUUAGGUGCUUUCCUUAAUAAGAAGGCUCUUAUUCUUACUGCUAUUUUCCUGUGCAGUACAUUCCUGGUGGGUCGACCACUCUUUCAAACCAUUUUCUGUGUAGAGCGCUACCUGGCUGUGGUCCAUCCACUGGUCUACCUGAAAUACACAAAAAAACAUAAAAUAAAACUGCUGUUAGUUGUGCUUGUCUGGCUAAUUAUAUUGAUGGUUGGACUGUUUAUUGUGGAUUCCUACCCUAAAAUCCCUAUAUGGCUUGGCAUGGGACUAUAUCUGGCAAUGUUAGUUGUGUGUUCAUCUUGCUCUGUCAUGAUUUUAUUGGUUUUGAAGAGGCCCAAGCCUGGGGGCAGAGGGAAAGGAGCAUAUCAACUGAAGAGAAAGGCUUUUCUAGCCGUCACGGUCAUCUUGAUCACGCUGGUGUUUGGCUAUGGGACAGUCUCAUGUGUUAUUGUACUGAAGGAUCAACUUUCAUAUCACACUUAUUGUUCAGUUCUAGGCUUAAGUUGGUGGACCUUUAUACCAAGUGCUGCAGUUCAACCUUACCUCUACCUGUCAAAAGUGCAUAAAGUAUUUUUCGUCCUGAACUUCUUGAAGAAACUACAUAAAAGUCUUGCAUUGUUUGGUAACAAAUGAUCAUUUUAAACCAUUGUCAGUUCACUAAAGUAUCGGUUGUGAUCAGUUCAUGCAAAAUACAAACAAUUAAAGCAUUUUUACAAUAACUUUGCAAUGACCAUCAGGUUUCUCAGUGAUUGUUCCAUUAAAGUUUAAAAAUAAGAAAGUGCCACUUAAUGUUUUACUUUCAUUUUGAACAGUAAAUCUGUUGGUUCAUCAUUUCAGGCCUGGCAAACUUCUUUUUUGUAAAUUUAUUGCUUAAAAAGUGUACUAUACUAUCUUUUUGGGAAAUGAUACUUUGUUUGGAUUGAAUAUCAUGACAAUCAUAUAUAUUUAAGUGUGGCUUACAUGCCCAAAUAAUUUGUAUAUACUAGUGCCAGUGUAUAUAUUAUUAUCUGAUUCUGUCUAAUUGACCCAUUUUGUGGUUCCAGGGUUCUCAAAAGCAGAGAACGUCAUUGUUGGGUACACUUCUGGUGAACAGGAGAUGAUAGCAAAUCUAAUAUUUGUAUUUGCAUUUGCUCUAAGAGCAAAUGAAAAAAACUGUGAUAGCAUUUCCAUGAAGAGAGGGAAAAAAUUUAGGGAGGUUGAUUACAGCAGUCAGGAGAGAGAAUUAUGUCAAAUUUGCCAUCACUCCCUCAGCCGUUGUAGAAACACCCUCACAGCAGCAUUUACUACCAAGGUAAUAUAACACAAAGUAUAGAGUUAUAAAUGUGUAUUCAAUUUUUUUAAAAAUGAAAAUAUUAAAAACUUUAUUACAGCACUCAGUAUGGAUAGAAGUCUAUCAACUUGCCACAUCUUAACUUUGGAAUAUUUUCCUAAUCUUCUUUGCAAAAACAUUCCAGAUCUGUUAAAUUACGAGGGAAUCUCCUGGUCAUGGCCCUCUUCAGGUCCUCCCGUGUUGAGGGUAACGCACUACAACUAAAAUGAGUUACAUAAUCAGAUUACUUUUUUCAAGUAACUAGUAAAGUUACACAUUACUUUUAAAUUUACAACAGAAUAUCUGAGUCCUUUUUUCACUACUUACUAGUUACUUUUUAGUUUCAACCCCAUGUUGAAAGAAAUUGUGAGCAACUGCAGAGGCGUUGUGUACGCUGUGUAAACAUGAUGGUUAUUGUAGUUCUAGACUAAAUGUGAGCAGGCAUUUACUCAUCUCACUUGCAAUAAUUAAAUAUGUUAA